AUGAACAGAAGCGAGGCCGCGGCGCGAGCGUCAGGCCCGCGGCGCGCGCACGCGCACGCCCCGAGAUCUCGCGGGAAAAAGCCGUUGUCCCCGCCGGUGCUGCGAGGUGGGAGGGGGCCUGGAGGCGGGAGCGAAGUCUCGCGAGAAGAGGCAGUUGCCGUAGCGGAGCCCUCUGGCGCCGCCGGCCCAGAGUCCUGCCGCCAUCAUGUCCAGAUACCUGUGUCCCACCACCCCCACCCCUCAUCUCUGUUCGUCAGAAACGUGGCGGACGACACCAGGUCUGAAGAUUUACGUCGGGAAUUUGGUCGUUAUGGUCCAAUAGUAGAUGUUUAUGUUCCACUUGAUUUCUACACUCGACGUCCAAGAGGAUUUGCAUAUGUUCAAUUUGAGGAUGUUCGUGACGCUGAAGAUGCUUUACAUAAUUUGGACAGAAAAUGGAUUUGUGGGCGUCAAAUUGAAAUACAGUUCGCACAGGGGGAUCGGAAGACACCAAAUCAAAUGAAAGCCAAGGAAGGGAGGAAUGUAUACAGCUCUUCACGAUACGACGAUUAUGACCGAUAUAGACGUUCUCGAAGCCGAAGUUAUGAAAGGAGGAGAUCAAGGAGUCGCUCCUUUGAUUAUAACUAUAGGAGAUCUUACAGUCCUAGAAACAGUAGACCGACUGGAAGACCACGGCGUAGCCGAAGCCAUUCCGACAAUGAUAGACCAAACUGCAGCUGGAAUACCCAGUACAGUUCUGCUUACUACACUUCAAGAAAGAUCUGAAAGCGGAAAAAAGAACCAAAGAAGGGCAGUUGAAGCGACCAAAGGGUGGGUGGAAGGUGCUGCAGUAUGAAUACUGUACGAAUAUUUUGACUCUGGUCUGAAAAGAUAAAAGAAUUAUCGAAAACUACAUGGAAUAAUUGAAGUCCCUUCAAGUUUGAAAGUAAGCAUUUUAGGACAAAUAAAAGGAAAUUCAACUUUGUACUUGUGGAAACUAAUCCCUAAAUAUGAACAGGUUUAUAUUGACUCAUGGGUAGCCGAUCCAUGAUAAGUUACUGGAAACUAGGAUGUCUGAAUAUCAAGGAAGACAGCCAUAGUCUCUUAACAGUGCCUCUCUUGGUCUGUCUCAAAUUAAAUUUGGAUGGUAAAGGUGUGGUCCAAUAUAAAGUUUUUCCUAGUUAUCUCUUAAAAGUCAGUUCCACGUAAUGCCAAUGUUGGCAAAUCUUGCCUUUGUUUAUUCCAGUGCCAGUAUUUUCUGCUUAACUGUUUGUUUAGUUGGCAUCUGAGUUUAUUUACUUAUAUACGACAUACAGUUUACAUCUAACCACUCCUUCCCAGGCUGAUUCCACUUAUACUUGAUAUCCACCAUGAGGGCCCAUCUCUUCUCACCUCCUGUGUAGACAGUGUGUUCAACAGAUACUUACUGAACCCUUACUAUGGGUAAGACAUACUGGAUAAUUGGAGGGGAGAACAGAUUAUUUAGUAAAAUCUACUGAGCACAAUCUAGUGAAUCAUUACAGUAUGACCUUAUUAUCUUGAGGUGUAUUAUGGUAAUUUAUACCACUCAUAUCCUAGUGUAAUUAUAAACCCAAUAUACUAUCAAAGGAAAGUAAUUUUAUGGUUGUCUGCCAUUUAAAAGUAUCUAGCAUUUGUUGUAUCCCAUUACUACAAAUAAUGAAGAAAGCCUGUGAUAAGCUGAUCUGUUGUGCAGUGAUUAAUAUACUAGAGUAAGAUGAAGUUGUUAACUCUUGGCUCUGUCAAACAAAUAGAUAACCCCCAAAAUAACAAGUACUUAACUUUACAUUAAAGCAGACCCUGGGUGCUAUAAUUAGAUUACUUUGAGGCAGACAGCUGUUAUCCCAAUGGACUUAGUAUAUUCUGUAUUAAAGAAAGUGUUUACCGGGAUAAGACUUUUUAGGAUCUACUUGUACAUUUUAUAGGGGACAUAUUCUGUGUAUAGUUAAUAAAUAACUUUAUAGUGUCACAAAUGUUUUCGGAUUCUUUAGUUCCUUAUUAGGAUAUGAAGCUUGUUUAUCCUAACAUUAAUUCCAUCACAUUCGGAUUUCUUGUUGUAUUUUUGCCACAAUUUAAAACUAUGUCAAAAUCUGAAAUCUGGAAACAGUGUUAAGCCUUUGACCAUUUUUUUUUUAAUGUAGUAAGAUUACACAUAAAUGAAGGGAACGGUAAAAUGAAGGUCAUUUGUGGGGUUUUUGUUUUUGGGGUUUUUGGGUUUUUUUGGUUUUUUUUUGUUUUUUUUUUGUUUUUUUUUUUUUAUUUAAACUUUUUUCAGCCUGCCCAAACUCAAAAAGGUGGCAGGUACCAGGUGAGAAUUAUAAAUUUUGGCUUCGUUUUUGUUGCUAUUUUUAUUUUGAAUCAAGCUGGAAAUGCUUUUAAAGUUUUAUUUUCAAGGACACAAUAAAAAUUGAUAAAAACUGAA